AUUUUAUUUAAUUAAAUGGACAGAUAGCAUUAAUAAUAAGAACAACAGAUAUCCAAAUAAAAAUUAGAUCCUUAAGAUAAUAAUCUCUAAAUCUUAACGAGGAAAUCCCUUAAAGCGUAAGUGUUCAUAGCCAAGAUAUUCUUGAAGAAAUUUGGCAAUGUAGAAUUACACGCUCUUGGAGAAGCCUCUAAAAACGGUGUUAGAGUUGCUGAUACUCUAUAAAAAUAAGGUAAUAUUUCCUAAUAUAGCAAAUAGGGAUUGCAACAAUAACUAAGAUCAAUUCAUUCACUUUGGAAAAUGAUGAGAGGAAAAAGGUGAAACUUAUCGUCACAUUAGCAUUGACCCCAGAGGGUAAGAAAAGAGUAGAUCAGGAAUUGAAUUGAUCCCAUAUGAGAAUUUUACAUUUACAUCUGUAUUAUUACAAAAAAUUAAAA